AUGACUAUUCCUGGUAAGCCAAGUAAUAAUGUGUCUGAAGGAAGAAUGUAUAUACCUCAGGAAGCAGAUAUGGGACUAGGACCAUUUGCCAUGACAGAACCACGAGCAUCUGUUAUCGUCUUCACAACACCCAUCCUCAGCGACUACUCUAGGAUGAUAGGAGGUCGUGGUGUACCGGAGAUCGAUCCUUGGGGUUUCCUGUUGCCCUUAGCUCCUCAGGUCCUAGCAGCGACUUUGGCAGCCUUAGUGACAGCUGUUUUUGUGGUGGUAAUCCUCUCUUACUUCGCCGCGACGCGUGAUAGCAGUUAUGAAUCGCUGUCAUCUGUCUUUUUCAUCUAUUAUCGUGUGCUCUUACAACAAGAUCGAGUUACAAGAGAGAACAAAACAUGGCAGAGGAUACUAACAGCAGCUUGGAUCCUGACUACAGUAAUACUAACGUGGAGUUACUGUAGCAAUCUUACCUCUCAAAUGACGGUCCUCUACACCUCACACCCUUACCAGACAGCUGAGGAUUUUAUACAAGACACAGAGGCUGUGCUUUACGUAGAAACAGACACAGCUGAUGCACAGAUUUUAAAGAACGCCAACUCAGGUAUUCUACACAAGUUAGGAAGGCUGGAGGAUAAAGGUCGUCUGAAAUACAAGAGACAGGAUGAAAACAACUUCAUCCUAACAGCCAUGAUUACAGGUCAACCUCUCGUCCUGUUGUUGGAUGACCUCACCUCUCAGGUCAUCAUGGGUCAACAUUUUUCCCAAACAGGUCGGUGUGAUUAUUAUGCAUCCAGAGAAACCAUUCUACACUUCACAUAUUGCAUGAUCGUGCAGAAAGACAGUCCAUUGCUACCAGCUAUCAACACCAAGUGA